AUAAAAUGGAGUGCGUUCUGAGAGGGAAGCAUCAGUCUUCAACUAGCUUUUUCAAGUAGUGUUUCAGUGCUUCCAUCCACCCAGGAGAUCCAAGAUGUUCAAGAUCAUCGCUUUGGUUGCCUGCUUGGCCGUUGUUGCCUCGGCUCAGUACUACGGAGAACAUCACGGCCAUCACGCUGUGGAGCACAAGGAACACCAUGAAGAACACCACGAUCAUCCCAAGUACAAGUACGAGUACGGUGUUAAGGACGGUCACACCGGAGAUCACAAAAGCCAGUGGGAACACCGUGAUGGGGAUGUCGUUAAGGGAGGAUACACUCUGGAUGAAGCCGAUGGUACCCACCGUGAGGUUGAAUACAAAUCCGACCACCACAAUGGCUUCCAGGCUCAUGUCAAGCGCGUCGGCCACGCCCAUCACCCACAUGGCGAGAGCUACUCCAACGUUGACCAGCACCACUAAGGGGUUGCGCCCUAGAAAGAAAUCCUUCAAGUUCCUAUUGCCACGUUUUGUACCUUGUUGUUAGAGUGCUCAGAAGUCGACUGAUUAACAAAGUAACAAUACAACACUUCCGUUUCAUUUUACCAAA